CCCACUUCCACAUCGCUCACCUUGCACCUUAGCAUCCAUUCCGAGAUUGUCUACGACGAGCGCACACUACGUCCUCCUGACAGCACGCAUCAUCAGCAAAAUUGACGCUGCUACUCCGAGUGAGUCGCGAUGGGACCUUGGCGCUCUAUCAAUGCGCGGUAGCGUGCCCACGAAAGGUAGACAAGAGAAGGCAAGGUUGAUUGGUAAUUUCGAGGGCAGAUCAACCGAUUCGGUGGGAUAAGAUGCAGCCGGAGGCUGCCGCGAUGGCUCUGUCUAUGUACCAGUCAGCACAUCCACUCGCCUCACAGAUCUGGGGUAUCUGGUCUCACCACAAGUGUCGCCCUCCUUUGCUGGGUGACUGCAACCGUCUCACAAGCGAGAUAAUUGGCGCUGACUCGUGAAGGUCUUUUCUUCGCGUACAUUCAACUUUCCUUGCCGAUAGCAGGACUUUCCGUACAGCAACACCAGCGAAAGCAACACACUCCAUCUAGGCACUCAAGAUGAGCUCUGGCGACUCCCUCCGACGCAAGCUCGUCAUUGUAGGCGAUGGUGCCUGCGGUAAGACCUGCUUGUUGAUCGUCUUCAGCCGUGGAACGUUCCCAGAGGUCUACGUUCCCACUGUCUUUGAGAACUACGUUGCGGAUGUCGAAGUGGAUGGCAAGCACGUCGAGCUGGCCCUUUGGGAUACCGCUGGUCAAGAAGACUACGAUCGUCUGCGUCCUCUCAGCUACCCCGACUCGCACGUCAUCCUGAUCUGCUUUGCUGUUGACAGUCCCGACUCUUUGGACAACGUUCAAGAGAAGUGGAUCUCUGAAGUUUUGCACUUUUGCCAAAACCUGCCCAUCAUCCUCGUCGGAUGCAAAAAGGAUCUGCGUCGUGAUCCCAAGAUCAUCGAGGAGCUCCGCAAGACUAGUCAGCGACCAGUCAGCCCAGAGGAGGGUAUGGCUGUGGCACAAAAAAUUGGAGCUGCCCGUUACCUCGAGUGCAGUGCCAAGUCGGGAGAGGGUGUGCGGGAAGUCUUUGAGCAUGCUACUCGCGCUGCGCUCCUAAGCAAGAGAAGCGGCUCAAAGAAGACCAAGUGCGCCAUCCUCUGAAUGGCAGAAGGAAGGGGGCCAGGUUGGCUACUUUCUUGGGAGCGUAGAGGGGCAUCUGAGCAAGGUCAGCUGGAGUGGUGCGGGCGGUUGCGCCUGUGUCGGGGAGGAACGUGGCCAGAAUAAAGGACGGAGGUGCUAGUGAAGCAUGAUUGCUAGAGCGACGUCAGUCUCCCAAUCGGAUCAGUCUGGCAAACACGAGCUGCAGUCGAGUCACCAGUCGCAAACAUCUCCGUCACCCGGCGACGACCUUGAUCACUGGCCGCUCGGGCACGCCUUUACUCUCCAAAAUCUUGGUCUUCUUCACGCCUUGACGACGCGGCACGAUCCUCUCUUACCAUUGCACACAGCCAUCCCAACAUCACGCUC